UUCUCAAAAUGCUAUACUGGAUUGUGUAAAGGAUUAAUAUUUCUAAUUCCUUGACAUAUUUUCUCAUUACAGCCCUAGGCCAUAACAACAGGUGCACACUGGAUGACCCAGAAUCAUGCGCAAUUGAGGCCAACUUGAAGUGUCUUAAAACAAAGCUGACAGAAGACUACAGAUGUCAGUGUGACGAAAUGGAAUUCUGGGAUAAGGAACGCUGUACACCACGUGCCGGCUUUGACGAGGACUGUCUUCCUGACUUUUACGAGAGCUGUCGGUAUAAACCUGACCUGAAGUGUAUCCUUUCUAACAAUGGUGAGCGAUACACUUGUCAGUGUGGAGAGGACGAUAGUGUGUACUGGGACUCUGUUGUCAAGGAAUGCAAACCAAGACCAGAUCAUGAUGAACCAUGUCAACCCAACCUUCCUAAUACAUGUAGACACCAUCACCAGCUGAAGUGUUUACCCACCGUCUCCUCAUCCCUUCACACGUGUCAGUGUGAAAACUCGAAUGAAACAUACUGGGACUCCAAAGACUCCCUGUGUCUCAAGCGGUUCAAGUAUGGCCAGCAAUGCAACACCAACGUCACAAACAGUUGUUUAUAUAGUAACACCCUACAAUGCCUUGAAUCUGAGGUUACCGGUCAACACAUUUGUAGAUGUAAAAAUGAAACUACACAUUUUUGGAACCCAAAUACCACGGCAUGUCAAUUACGUCCUGCGCACGGAGACAAUUGUCUGAAAGACUUCAUUGACAGCUGCAAGCAUAACCAGGAACUGAUGUGCCUUAUAUCGGAGUCAAGUGGCGAAUACACCUGUCAAUGUGAUAACGAAGAAAAGAAAUUUUGGAAUUCCUUGAUGAACCGAUGCAUAAUGAGACCAUCCUUCGGCGAUGAUUGCAAGCCUAGUUUCGUGGAGAGUUGCAUGUUUCCCUCGGAAUUAAAAUGUAAGAAGGUAGAAGGAUCAGAUAAUUUCACAUGCAGAUGUUCAAACGAGGAUCAGAUGUUCUGGAAUAGCUUAUUUGAAGUCUGUACUAGCAAACCAGAGUAUGGAGAAAUGUGUGACGAAGAGUUUCCUAGAAGUUGUCUUCACUCACCCGAGUUGCUGUGUCAGUCACAAUCUGGCUUUGGAGAGAGUUAUUGCCGGUGCGUUGAUGAAUAUCUAACAUACUGGGACCCGACCGCUAGUGUGUGUAAACCACGUCCGGAAUUUGGAAAUGUCUGUGAUCUGAAAGACAGCUGCAAAUUUAACGCGCAAUUAAAGUGUGUACAGUCACCAAACAUGAAUGUUAAAACGUGUCAGUGUGACAACUCGGAUGAAUAUUUCUGGAACAAAAAUGAUUUGGUAUGCUCUAAACGUUCCGGCUAUGGAGGUAGCUGUCUAGCCAAUACAUCUCGAAGUUGUCAACACAACAACGAACUACAAUGUCUACCUACAGAAACCACUGGUUUCCAUUCCUGUCAAUGCCCGGGUGAUGGCGCAAUGUACUGGGAUUCUAAUAUACUCACGUGUAAAACAAAAUCAACAUUUAACGCUCCUUGUGAUGACAACUUCACUGAGAGUUGCAGUUACCACGAACAUCUGAAAUGUCUGCCGUCAGCGUCUGGUAAUAGCACAUGUCAAUGUGAAAACGAAACGCAGUUGUUUUGGAACCCAGACCUCCAUCAGUGUCUCAAAAGACCUGGAUUCGGACAGAGUUGUAAUUCCGCAUUCAAUGAUAGCUGCCAGUACAACCAACAUUUACAGUGCACGAUGUCCAACACCACUGGUUUGUAUGAGUGCCAGUGUUCGGAUACAGACGAGCUCUACUGGGACCACACACUGCACAUGUGCAAAACAAGAAUACACUAUGGAGACAAUUGUGACUCAGAACUUCCUGAUAGCUGUAAAUAUGCUUCACAAUUGAAGUGUUUGUUGGACAAGGACAAUGGUUCAUAUACCUGUCAAUGUGUGGAUGAGUCAGUGCUAUACUGGGACAGUGAUGCAGCCAGAUGUCGGGAACGUCCUGGAUACGGUAGCAGAUGUGAUGGCAUGUACAGUGAAAGCUGCCAAUUUAAAAGACAUUUGAAGUGUGCACGAGAUGAUGGCCUUAACAUGUCUAUCUGUCAAUGCAAGGAUGAGUCAACAACGUUUUGGACCAAUGAAAGCUCAGCGUGUUAUGAGAGACCUGUCUACGGAGGAAAGUGCAGACCAGAGUUCCCAGAGAGUUGUGUCCACAAUGAACAUCUCACCUGUAUACUCGACGAAUCAGGACAAGCCACAUGUCUGUGUAAAGAUGAGGAUAAGUCUUAUUGGAAUACUGUAGACUCCACGUGUAAAAUACGGCCUGCAUAUGGUGAUUCCUGUGACGCUGAAUUUAUCAAUAGUUGCAAAUAUAAAGAUGAACUACAAUGUUUGCCUUCCGGUUCAGCUGGUGGUAAUUUCACGUGCCGGUGUCCAGACGAAGAAGCCAUGUUUUGGGAUUUCCAGACAUCAUCGUGUAAAACAAGACAAGACUAUGGUUCGCCAUGUCUCCAGGACGUACCAGGCAGCUGUCAUUAUCAAGAUCACCUUAAAUGUUUAGAAAUCGGAGAAAGUGGAAAUUAUACAUGUCGCUGUGAACAAGAAGACAGGGUGUUUUGGAAUCCCUAUGUCAAAACAUGUGAAUCAAGACCAAAGUAUGGCGAGUCCUGUCAGUCAGAAUUCCCGUCAAGUUGUCUGUUUAAUUCCGACCUCCAGUGUUUGAAAUUGGGUGGAAAAGGAAACUCUACAUGUCAAUGUGCCAACGAAGAUGAGACUUUCUGGAAUCCUGACGAAAACAAAUGCAUAACAAGACCGAAAUAUGGGGAAUCCUGUUAUCAGAACGGAAGCUGUAUACAUAACACACAUCUGGAAUGUGUUCAGUCGGGCGUAUCGGGAAAAUUCACUUGUCUGUGUGCGGACGAAUCGCUGCUGUAUUGGGACCGGGUCGUAUCUGAAUGCAAGUCAAGACCUGAAUACGGAAGUGAUUGUGACGCUGCCUCCCCUAACAGCUGUAGGUACGAGUCUCAGCUACAAUGUGUACCGACCACCAAUGAUACCACACGGUUUGUCUGUCAGUGUCCGAGUGACCAAACGUACUGGGAUUCAACAGUGAAGAAAUGUACAACACGUCUUAUGUAUGGUGGGGUGUGCGACCCAGACUUUCCAGAGAGUUGUAAAUAUGACCAGGAACUUUCAUGUCUGCAAUCUGAGUCGGGAAACUACACGUGUCAAUGCAAUCAUGAGAACAGAACAUACUGGGACCCUGACCAAACGAAAUGCAAACCACGACCAUUAUAUGGCGAGCAGUGUGUCUCGAGGUUCACUGAUAGCUGUGCACAUAAUACCGAAUUACAGUGCCUGUUAUCUGACAUUACCGGAAACAGUACCUGUCAGUGUAAACAUGAAAACUCGACUUUCUGGAAUCCCGCGGAAGCUGUGUGUAAAACACGACCGGAGUACGGAGAUACUUGUGACUCGAGUUAUCCCGAUAGUUGUAUAUACAAGUCACAAUUAUCGUGUUUACCGUCUGGAGGGAAUGGGUCUUACGCCUGUCAGUGUGUCGAUGAGAGGAAAUUAUAUUGGGACAUAUCGGAGGUCACGUGUAAACAACGUCCAGGUUACGGGGACGGAUGUGACGUAAAGUUUAACGAAAGUUGUGUGUUUAACGAAGAGUUACUGUGUAUACCUACCGGAAAUACGUCUACCUGUAUGUGCCCGGAUGAGACACAAUCGUUCUGGGACAACAACAACGCAAAGUGUAUAACUAGACCAAAUUACGGUGAUGAAUGUGACUCCAGCUUCCCUGAUAGCUGCUCCGUCAACACACAACUGUCUUGCCUGUCGGUGGAGAAUGGAAACGGAACAGUUUGUCAGUGCCGGGACGAAAAUUCUACCUACUGGGACGAAUCAGUACGACAGUGUAGACAAAGACCCGAGUAUGCAGGCACAUGUGACCCACAGAUUACGAAAAGCUGCAUCCACAAAUCACAUCUGAAAUGUGUUACACUGAAAGGAACAAACACGUCGAUAUGUCAAUGCGCAGAGGAACUUGUGUCUUACUGGGACCCAGCCACUACUGAAUGUGUUGAAAGACCAGGAUAUGGCCGGUCAUGUACUGGGAAAUACCUAGAUAGCUGUCAGUUUAAUUCUCAACAGAGAUGUUUACCUUCUGGUCCACUCGGUAACUACACGUGUCAAUGCGAGGAUGAAAACACAACAUAUUGGGAUCACACCACCUCAAACUGCCAGAACAGGCCGACCUACGGAGCGGGGUGUGAUCCUCUAUUCCCGGAGAGCUGUGUACAUAACUCUGACCUCUCUUGUGUGACGGCACCUCACAACGGAAACACCUCAGUAUGUCAGUGUUCUGAUGAGGCUACAACCUACUGGGACUCAGAACAAACAAGAUGCUUAAAUCGUCCCCACUAUGGAUCCCUGUGUAACUCCGACUUUCCGGGAAGUUGUAUGCAUAAGACUUUCCUAACGUGUACAUCAAACAGAACAACUGGGAACUCAACAUGCCAGUGUGAUAGUGAGGAAGCCACGUACUGGAACUUAGUCAGCCUGGACUGUAAAACGAGACCACAAUAUAGAGAAAUUUGUGACAAAGAGCACGUGGACAGCUGUCAAUUCAGCGACGAUUUGAGGUGUUUACCAUCGGAAUCAUCAGACAAUUUUACCUGUCGCUGUCCAGACAUUGAGUUAUUGUACUGGGAUAAUGAACGGCAACAAUGCAAAACACGACCAGAAUAUGGUGGGGAGUGUGACAUGGGUUUCCCAGAUAGCUGCAAACAUAAAGCCGAACUUAAGUGUGUCUUAUAUCAAAAUCGAUCACUUUGUCAAUGCCAGAAUGAAAGCGACACGUUUUGGAAUCCAGGAACAACAACGUGUGAUCAGAGACCUAGCUACGGCCAAAACUGUCUACCAUAUUAUAGAGAGAGCUGCAGGUAUGGUGACCAACUAAAAUGUUUACCAUCCGGGUCUUUUGGUAACUAUAGUUGCCAAUGUGAGAGUGAAAACGUCACCUAUUGGGAUACAGAACUGACACAAUGCAAAGACAGACCAGAAUAUGGUGAGAGCUGCGAUAGUAACAUUCCGGAUAGUUGUAAUCACAAUUCGUAUUUAACGUGCCGUUUCAUGGUAGAGACAAAUACAUCAACAUGCCAAUGUACGGACGAAUUCAUAUCCUUCUGGUACGGUACCACAAAUGAAUGCAAACAAAGACCUGUAUAUGGCGGAACCUGUGAUAUCAAUUUUCCAAACAGCUGUGAGCACAAAGACCAACUGGAAUGUAUAUUUUCGACAUCAACAAAUCAAUCCGUGUGUCAGUGUUUCAACGAAAGCCAAUCGUUCUGGAAUACGGAAUUAACGCAAUGUUUGAAAAGGCCAGGGUAUGGUGAACCAUGUGACAGUACACAUGUAGAGAGCUGUUCCUACAAUGCAGAACUUGCCUGCCUAUACGACCCUUAUACUGACACACAUAUCUGUCAGUGCAUGAAUGAAAAUUCAACCUACUGGGAUCCUUCGAAUUCUGACUGUAAAGCAAGGCCAGAAUUUGAAGGCGAGUGUGAUAUUGGCUUUCCAAAUAGCUGCAAACACAAUGACCACUUGCAGUGUUUACUAUCCGAAACAACUGGAAAGCCUACAUGUCGCUGUCGGGACGUUGACAUUCUAUACUGGGAUCCUCAAUUAACAAUAUGUGAAACACGACCUCAAUAUGGUGAACAAUGUAUACCGGAAAUAGCAGGAAGCUGCAUUUACAACGACCAACUGAGGUGUGUACAGAAUGGAACAUCAUCUGAAUAUGUAUGUCGCUGUAACGAUGAAACAAACCAGUAUUGGGACACCGAAGAGCUUAGCUGUAAAAGACGGCCAGAUAACAAUGGUGUUUGUGAUGCCGCCUUCCCCAUGAGCUGUUUACAUAAUGACCAUCUUAAAUGUCUCGUGGAUGUCAGCACUAAUCAAUACUCCUGUCGCUGUGAAAAUGAGGACGGAUUUUACUGGGAUAGCAACACGAAUAUGUGUAAACCAAGGUCAAGCUAUGGCGAUGAUUGUAAUCCGAACAUGCCGAGCAACUGUAUGGGAUACAUUGGCGUGGAGUGCCUUCCAUCGACAUCCCUUACUAAUUACUCGUGUAUUUGUAAUGAUGAAGCUAAUAUGUUCUGGGAUUCAAAUGCCUUUGAAUGUAAAAGAAGACCUGAGUUCGGAUCGGAGUGUCAGCCAGAGUUCCCCGAUAGCUGUUUGAGUAAUACCGAACUAAAGUGUCUAAUGGACAAUGUCAUUGGAAAACCUAUAUGUAGGUGCACCGUGCAGGACAACCAAUUCUGGGACGGGGCUGUUCGUCAAUGUAAAUUAAGACCAGAUCACGAUAGUGCAUGUCAACCCGAGCUGCCGGAUAGCUGUAAACACAAUGAACAUCUUAAAUGCUUAGAUAAUGGAAAUGGUAAAAAUGCUUCCUGCCGCUGUCCGAACGAGAGCCAGCUAUACUGGGACUCAUCAACUUUCCAGUGUAGGCCAAGAUCUGGAUAUGAGCAGUCGUGUAAUCCGAAUCUGCCUAACAGCUGUAAAAGACAGGCAUUAUUGAAAUGUCUACAAGUAGGGUCAUCGAAGGAGUAUUCCUGCAGGUGUGAAGAUGAAAAUAUACUAUUUUGGGAUUCGUAUGACACGAUCUGCAAAGAAAGACCGAAGUAUGGAGUCACGUGUGAUUCUGGUUUCCCGGGAAGUUGUCAGCCAAAGGCGGAACUCCUAUGUGUAACUGGGAGUACAGGUGCUGGUUAUAGAUGUGAAUGUGCUGACGAGAGGACCACGUUUUGGGAUCCGGCGGUGUUCCAAUGUAAAUCAAGGCCAAAAUACGGACAGACAUGUGACGCUAAUUAUGUCGAGAGCUGUAAACAUAACAAACAUUUAGUUUGUAUACAAUCUGAUAAAAAUGGAAGCUACUCCUGUCUGUGCAAGGACGAGUAUAACUAUUUCUGGGACGUAGCUGAAUCUGCAUGUAAAUCACGACCAUCUUACGGAGCACAGUGUCAACCUGGUAUGCCUGAAAGCUGCAUGCACAAUAGUCAGCUUGCUUGUAUCCAAACGCAAUCAGGCAACUACAGUUGUCAGUGUAAAGACGAAGGCGACACCUACUGGGAUGAUACCAAACAAACAUGUCUUUCAAGACCGCGUUACGGCGAACCAUGUGAUGCUAAAUUUAUAGACAGUUGUGCGUUCAAUUCCGAUCUGCAAUGUACCCAGACAAUCAAUGGAGAUCAGAUUUGCAUGUGUGCAGAUGAGAAUAUCACAUUCUGGGAUCCAGCAUCGUCACAAUGCAAACAAAGACCGCAUUAUGGAUCUUCGUGCCAGAGUGAUCAUCCUGAAAGCUGUCUUUUCAAUGAGCAACUUCAGUGUUUGCCUCUAGAAAAUGAAAACAAAUCCACUUGUCGAUGUGAAAAUGAGACAGCAUUCUACUGGGACCACACUUCAACUGAAUGUAAACCACGACUUCAGUACGGCUCCGGCUGCAAUCCAGAUCUUCUGAAUAGUUGUGAGCACAAGUCGGAUCUUAAAUGCUUACCAUUAGGUAAUACUAGCCGCUACACGUGCCAGUGCGCGGACGAAGACCUGACCUUUUGGGACGAUGACACACUUCACUGUUCCACUAGACCAAAGUAUGGUGACGCGUGCGAUUCCGGUCAUGCUGGCAGCUGCAGGCACAAUACAGAGUUGAGAUGUCUGCCUUCAUCUAAUUCCAAAAAUUAUACAUGCCAAUGUAAAAAUGAAAAUGAUACUUUCUGGAAUAAACAGACUACGUCGUGCCUUUCAAGACCUUUGUAUGGGGACCAAUGUAACCCAAACUUACCAUACAGCUGUGUACACAAUACCCAUCUGCAAUGUGUACUGGAUGGAACAUCAGGGAACUACUCAUGUCAGUGUGUCAACGAGACGGCUACAUUCUGGGAAUCGACUGUUUCAGAGUGUGCUUCAAGACCAGGAAACAGACGAAGCUGUGAUUCUAAUUUCCCCGAGAGCUGCCAAUUUAAUACAGAGCAGAAAUGUUUAUAUUCUAAUGAAAGUGGACAGUACGUGUGUCAAUGUGCUAACGAAGCGUCCACAUACUGGCUGGAUGGUGACAACAGAUGUGAAACUCGACCUGAAUAUGGAAAAGAAUGUCUCUAUGAAUACAGCGAUAGCUGUCGACAUAAUAGUUUCCUUACUUGUUUAGUAUCCGAAACGACAGGAAAAGCAGAAUGUAAAUGUAUUAACGAAACAGUAACAUUCUGGGAAUCAACACAAACUGAAUGCAAGCCAAGACCAGAAUAUGGAUCGCCAUGUCAAGCAGAGUUCCAAGAAAGCUGUAGGCCUCAGACAGAACUUGAAUGCUUACUAUCAGAGGAGCAGGGCAUCAGCGUGUGCCAGUGUAAAAAUGAGACCACCACAUUCUGGGAAUCUUCAAAACUGGAAUGUGAUAUCCGACCUUCAUACGGAAACGAGUGUUUACCAGAAUUUCCGAACAGCUGUGAGCAUAAGUCGGAGUUGAAGUGCCUUUAUUCAAAUCAGUCUCAGAAGUAUGUCUGUCAAUGUGCAGAUGAGGAAACAACGUUUUGGGAUCCAACAACUUCAAUAUGCAAAUCCCGGUCACAAUAUGGUGCCACGUGUGACAAGGACUUUCCGGGGAGCUGCCAACCACAAUCUCAGUUGGAAUGUCUGAAGUCAGAUAGUACAGAGAAUUAUACUUGCCAAUGCCGAAAUGAAACCUCAAAUUACUGGCAUCCUUCUUCUGAGGAAUGUAAAACCAGACCCCAGUAUGGCGAUCCAUGCCUCGGUAACUUAGUGGAAAGCUGUCUUUACAACAAUGAAUUGAGUUGUCUGUACUCCGAAACAUCAUCAGAGUAUAGAUGUCAAUGUCACAACGAGACAGCUUCAUAUUGGAAUCCGGCGGAAACAAGAUGCGAUACAAGACAUGCUUACGGUUCAGAAUGUAUCGGAGAAUUACCUACGAGUUGCAAGUUCCAAGAUGAACUAAUGUGUGCGACCACGGAAAACGGAAGUGGAAUCUGUCAAUGUCGGAACGAAACCAAAACUUUCUGGAAUACAGAGAUAAACCAUUGUACUCCGAGACCUCCACAUGAUGGCCACUGCGACAAAUCAUUCCCAGAUAGUUGUCAACCCGCUAGCCACUUACAGUGUCUCCCAAUGGAAGAGGGUGAUAACUUCACUUGUCAAUGUAGAAACAUAUCUGUCGACUUCUGGGAAGAGUCAAGUCAGACCUGUAUACCACGGCCGUCAUACGGCAAGGACUGCGACCCGACAUACCUUAACAGUUGCGAACACAACAAAGAACUGACCUGUAGUAAGCACGUGGAAUCAGGGCGAUAUGUGUGUCAAUGUGGAAAUGAAAAUGACAUGUUCUGGCACAACAUAACAUCCACUUGUGAUAAACGGCCAUUGUAUGGUAACAAAUGUUUACCCGAGUUCUCCGAGAGCUGUAUUCACAAAGAUCAGUUAGUAUGUUUACCAGACGAUCAAGGAAUCUUUACAUGUCAAUGUAUCAACGAAACAUCAACAUACUGGAGUCCAAACGAUGCCUUGUGUGAAGCACGACCUUCGUAUGGACAGCAAUGCGACAAAAACCUAACAGACAGCUGUUCACACAACUCUCAAUUGAUAUGUGUCGUUAGUGAGGAAGGGGCUGGUAAAUGUUUGUGUGAAAACGAGACUGCUGAUUACUGGGACAAUACAACAAAAACAUGUGACAAACGGUAUGGAUAUAACCAACAAUGUUUAGAAGGAGAAAUCAACAGCUGUGCAUUUUCGUCGGAACUUCAAUGCUUGAUAUCGGCCGACGGAACUGGAAAUACGUGUCAAUGUCAGAAUGAAACUUCAACAUUCUGGGAGUCAGCUGUGACGAAAUGUAAACCAAGACCAGCCUAUGGGGACAAUUGUUCCGCAUCAUACCCAGAUAGUUGUCUUUCAAACUCGCAACUAACCUGUUCGUACUCUCAAGAAUCUGGAACGUAUGUAUGUCAAUGCUCGAACGAAAACACGACAUUUUGGGAACCUUCGAUAAAAACCUGUCAAAACCGGCCGAGUUAUGGGAACAAGUGUGACGCCAAGUUACCAGACAGUUGCCUGUAUAACAGCGAUCUAGUGUGUAUCGACACUGGAGUUACCGGAAGUCCGAUAUGUCAGUGUAACAACGAAACAUCUACAUAUUGGGACAGCAGAUCUUUACAAUGCAAAUCAAGGCCAACAUAUGGAUCUGGCUGUGAUAAAGACGUCCCUGGAAAUUGUGAGCACAAUGAUCAGUUGCGAUGUGUUGCAACUGAAUCAGGCAAGGGACACAUGUGCCAAUGCGCAGAUGAAAAGAAAACAUUCUGGGAUCCGAUAAAUUCCGCUUGUAAAACACGGCCGGAAUAUGGAGAAACAUGUCAGGAAAACCAUCAGGACAGUUGCAUGUUCAAAUCUGACCUGGUUUGUCUACCUUCAACAAAGACCAGAGACUUCAUGUGUCAAUGUAAAAACGAAACUGUCACGUUCUGGAAUCCUGACCAAAAAUCAUGUAACAAACGACCUGGAUAUGGCAAUAAGUGUACAGCCGGUCUGUUGGAGAGCUGUCUAUACAACUCUCAGCUGAAAUGUGUAGUAUCUCCGGAAACGACACUAUCGACAUGUCAAUGUGAAAAUGAGAUAGAUACCUACUGGGAUUUAAAAUCAAACACAUGCAAAACUCGACCUGUCUAUGGCGAUGAGUGCGAUUCUAAACAAACGGACAGUUGUCGACAUAACGCCCAGUUGAAGUGCUUAAAAUCCAGGGCGACUGGUCUCUAUCAAUGCCAGUGUUCCGAUGAAGAAUCCACAUUUUGGGAAGGUGCAACAGAGACGUGUCAAACACGACCGGCUUAUGAGGAAGCGUGUAAAGCUGAGCUCCCGGACAGUUGUGUACACAAGUCUGAACUCGUGUGUGUCCAAACAACUACUGGAGACUAUAAAUGUCAAUGUAAAAACGAGACCUCAACAUUUUGGCAAACGGAAACAACGAAAUGUUCAAAACGUCCCGCAUAUGGAGAUGUUUGUGAUUCUAAGUUUUUGGAUAGUUGUCAACAUAACUCGGACUUACAAUGUUUGAAAUCACCAACAACAAAUUAUUUUACCUGUCAAUGUAAAAACGAGACCAGUUCAUUCUGGGACCAGACCAUGUCUAAUUGUAAACCAAGACCAGGAUACGGUAAAAAGUGUCAACCUGGAUUCAAAAACAGCUGUGUCUAUAACACCCAACUGGAGUGUUCCCCUAAAACACCGGGAGGUGACAGCACGUGUCAUUGUAAAGACGAAAAUAGUACUUUCUGGGACUCGACCACAAAUAACUGCAAAAUCAGACCAGAAUUUGGUGAAACGUGUCAGGCAGAAUUUCGUAACAGCUGUAACCACAACGCAGAUCUACAGUGUCUUCCUUCGAGUGAUGGUUCUGGUAACAUAUGUCGCUGUAGGGACACUGAUACACAGUUCUGGGACCACAGACAGUCAAAGUGUAAACCCAGACCUGCAUACGGAUCCGACUGCCAGUCUGGAUAUCUGGAGAGUUGUAUGUACAACGAACAUCUGAAAUGUCGGGAGAUGGGUGAACCUAGUAAAUACUCAUGCCGAUGUGUUGAUGAGAUUCUACUUUUCUGGGAUAAUACAACAAACUCCUGUCAAAUCCGUCCGACAACCACUACACCACCACCAAUUCCAAAAGCCUUGUUCUUCACGGGUGACGAAGGCGUCCUUGGUGAUAGAAGAGUGACAUCUAAAUGUUACAUUGAGAAUUUCACUGACUGGGAAUCGCUCGUCAUAUCCAGAAAUAAUACCAACCUGAUCACUUUAACGGCUUCUACCGGAAAACUACAGUCGAACUUUGACAGGUUCGUGAAAGCUAAACCAAUGAUGAGAGGAAACAAAGCAGGAAUUUUCUUCCGGUUUGGUAAACUACAGUGUAAAGAUGAAGGGACAUACACGUGUGCGGUGGACGGAGAAUAUGCCCAAACAGCCGAAAUUGUUGCAAAAACACCCGCCAAAGGAGUACCCAAACUUUCGUUAGAUGGUGAAAUUUUUGGAGAGAGACGGACAGUGUUCACUUGCUCUGGAAAUCCAGGAUAUCCCUACGGGAAACUAGGAUGGAAAGUUAAAUUCAAGGACGAGAAUAAUUUCAAAGAUUUCGUUUUCCACAGUAGUAGAAACGUUGUAACAGACAAGGACUGUGUUCGUCAGGAGGUUGUCAAUACCACUUUCCUAUUUACAAUGAAAUGGAACGGUGCCAAACUGCGCUGUCAGGCCGACGGUUCCAGACAAUAUGCUGAAGUCGAUAUCUGGCUUAUUUCGGAAAACAUCUGUGACCAUGCAGAUUUGAAUACGAGAAUAAAACACCCAUAUACUCGUAAGAAGUAUAUUUACUGCUUAGAAGAACGUAUCAUGAGUGACAAUUGCCCCGAUGGUCUCUAUUUUGACGAAACAAGGAGGGAAUGUUUACUAGAGAAUCAAUCAGCAGAUGCUGAACUCUAUUCGUGUGCAGGCAAGGCCCCCGGUGUAGCUAUACCUGAUAAAGUGGAUUGUAAGAAAUACUACCUAUGUAGUCAUGGAGAGAAACAUUUACGAGAGUGUCAGCACGGAUAUUUCUCAAUGACUGGACCGCCCUAUUGUGUUAAUAGAUAUGCGGAAUCAUUCUGUGGAACAAGCAAAAAUAUUUAAAGGUCAAUUGAUUUGUUAUGACUUAUUCUGCCAAAGUAAUACUAGGAUUUUUGUCCUGGGUCAUCCUUCAUACUCAUACAUGUAUAUUAACAUUUAUAGUAUCUUGGCCGAGAAGUCAUCAUUAUCUCAUAUCUUUAGGUAAUAACAGAAUAAGGACCCGGAUUCAUCAACCAUAGAAAUCAAUAACGUCGUUGUCAUGGUUUUCAUAAAAAAAAAAAACUUAUUAUUUUUUAAUGGAUCUUGUUUACUCUUGCAUUCACUCCUUACGAUUUCCUUGAUGUUAAACAUUUUUCAAACCUCGCCCGUUACGAAUGACGUGAUAUUUUUUAUAUUCAAGUUGUGUAUAUAGAUCGUUAAAAUGUAUUUCAUCGUUUUAUUUAAUUGUAUAAUAUCCAGUUAUAAUACGUUUUCUUCAUAUGUCUUAGUUUUUCGUAUUUGAAAGUAUUUGCUUUGGGUCCUAUAUUUUUGUUUAGUAACAUUUCAUUUACUUUGCACAAGCUUGUAGAUAUCACCCAUAGCGUGGAUUUACUGGGGUAAAUAUCGUGUUUCUAAUUUCAUGUCACGAAGAUAAUAAAAUAUGUACAAUUUA